AUGAAGAUUUACGACCCGAAUCCAAAACCCUCCCAAACCCAAACCCAAACCCAAUUUCUGAUCGAGAAUGUCUAUGAGAGCCGCCGCGUUGUACCCGACGACGGCAUGGCCGUCCAGAUGAGCCUCUUGUUCUUCACCGCCCGCCCCAGUUUCUGGGGUCGAGCCUCCAAAAUCGCCGCCUCCCACCUCCACACUCUCGCCGGAGCUCGCCCGAGACCCGAAAGAGAGGUACUGCUAAACCCUGAAGCCUGGUUUGUGAAAGUUGUCUACACUCUCUUUCUUCGCUCACAUUCUUUGGAUUCUUACGUGGGUUAUUUGAGCAAGAACUUGACGCCUUCUUUGGCUUUUGAGGUUAUUAAAAGGUUGAACAAUCCCAAAUUGGGGCUCAGGUUCUUUGAGCUCAGUAAGUUUAGUUUGAAUGUUAAUCAUGGUGUGUGGACUUACCAUUAUCUGUUGAGGUCUUUGUGCCAAAUGGGUCUUCAGGACUCGGCUAAGUUGGUGUUUGAUUACAUGAGGACUGAUGGGCUUUCGCCCAAUGAAUCUGUUCUUGAGUUUUUGGUUUCAUCGUGUGCUCAAAUGGGGAGGUCGGAUCUUGCGGAGAAGAUUCUUGAUGAGGUUCAUUGCAGUGUGGUUGGGUUGUCAAGUUUUGUUUACAAUAACUUGUUCAAUGUGCUGGUUAAGCUGAAUCGAGUAGAUGAGGCUGUUUGCUUGUUUAGGAAGUAUGUGGGGUCGUAUUGUUGUCCAGAUAGUUGGACGUUUAAUAUUUUGAUUCGAGGUUUAUGCAGAACUGGAGCAGUUGAUAAGGGUUUAGAGUUUUUCAGUGAUAUGAGGAGUUUUGGUUGUUCUCCCAAUGUUGUUACGUAUAAUACAUUAAUUAGUGGACUAUGUAGAGCUCAUGAGGUAGAUAGAGGGUGUGAUUUGCUCAGGGAGGUUCAGUUCAGAAGUGAACUUUCACCGGAUGUUAUAACUUUUACAUCAGUUAUAUCCGGCUAUUGCAAAUUGGGUAGAAUGGAGGAGGCAUCUGCUAUUUUUGACGAGAUGAUUGGUUGUGGACUUAAACCAACUGCAGUUACUUUUAAUGCACUGAUUGAUGGAUAUGGUAAAGCAGGUGACAUGAGUUCUGCAUUUUCUCUGUAUGAGAGUAUGCUCUUUCAUGGUCAUUGUGCGGAUGUGAUCACCUUCACUUCCCUAAUUGAUGGCUAUUGCCGAGCUGGGCACCUCAACCAUGGGUUACAGCUCUGGCAUGAGAUGAAUGCAAAAAAUGUGUCUCCUAGUGCAUAUACUUUCUCUGUGCUUAUUAAUGCUUUGUGCAAGGGUAACAGACUAUGUGAAGCACGUGAUUUACUGAGGGAACUGAAGGGGAGUAAUGUUGUUCCAAAAUCAUUUCUAUAUAACCCUGUGAUAGAUGGACUUUGCAAAGCUGGUAACAUUGAUGAGGCAAAUUUGAUUGUGGCAGAGAUGGAGGAGAAGAAAUGCACCCCUGAUAGAGUGACAUUCACUAUUCUUAUCCUGGGGAAUUCUAUGAAAGGGAGAAUGUCUGAGGCAAUUGGCAAUUUUAGUAAGAUGUUGUCCAUCGGUUGCGCCCCUGAUAAAAUCACCAUAGAUUCUUUGAUAUCUUGCCUCUCGAAAGCUGGGAUGCCCAGUGAGGCCGGUCGCAUCAAGAAAAUCGCAUAUGAGGACCUGAAUAUGGGUGCACCAUCUAUGGGGCGACCUCCUCAUUUGAGAGCAAAUGAGAUUCCAGUGGCUGUUUGAUCAUAUCUCCACCGCAUAAGUCUGCGUGGAAUUUGGUUUCCAGUGGUUGGACAUGGCAAGAAGGUCUCACCAUGAUUAUACUCCCGAUACCAGACGCAAGCUGCUCAGUUUAGUGGCACAGAUGAGCCAACAACCUGUAAGUAGUACAUUGGCUGUGGUCAGUUUUGCUCG